AUGGACCACGGAGAAAUGAUUGAUCUGGCCAUCGAAUUUUUGUCCAUGGGGUGUAACGUUGUGACCGUGUCAUACAGAGGCUACGGUCACUCCACUGGAACGCCAUCGGAAGCAGGUUUACGCAAAGACGCUCAAACCGUCCUCGAUCAUGUCCUGAGCCACGACGUUCUCUCCUCGAUACCUGUGGUUGUAUACGGCCAAUCCCUUGGGGGCGCUGUGUCAAUCGACCUCGUGUACAACAACACCGACAAGAUCUCUGCCCUCAUCAUCGAAAACACGUUCAUGUCUAUCCCUCUCCUCGUCAAAGACUUUCCCCAACCCCUCGGUUCCCUUUCCUUCCUCUGUACCCAGCGCUGGCCCUCAAGCGACCGCAUCCAAAAGAUUCCGAAAUCGAUACCGGUACUCAUGCUAGGCGGCGACGAAGACCAGGUCGUCCCGCCCAAGCACAUGCAAGGUCUCUGGGCUGCUGCGAAAACACGCGGCAGCAGCGUGGACGACGACGAGAUUACGGAAAAGCACGUUGGGUGUUUCCCGCAUUUCUCGAGCAAGCCGGCGGUCAAGUCCGGUUCGGAUAUCUUGCGGGAGCUCGACGUCGUUUCUGGUCCUGCGGAUUGGAGGAACGGGAAGGACAGGUUCAAGUUGUUUGCUAAAAGACGCCACGAAACUACAUGCUACGAUCCAGGUUACUGGCCUACGAUUCGAUCUUUCCUCAACGAUCUACCUACGUCAACGUCUACGACAACUGCAUCCACAUCUACUGCCACCAUAUCUUAA